AUGCCAGCUCAAUGCACCAGGUUCCUGUUAAAUCUCAUGAACCAAUGUAAGUUACGUUUUUCUGUCUACGUGCCAUAUUUCGCGGUAGGAUUGGGUGUCGUAUUAAUUUACUAUAAGUACAAAAACGGCUCUACUAAUAGUAAUUCGUCGCAGCCACCGAAUGAAUUAAACGAAGCCGAACUUCAGGCUCCAUUAAAAGAAGAGGUACACUGUUUUUAAUAUUAUUUUCGCGAUUGUAAAAAUAAAGCAUAUAAUGAAACCUUUCUAUAUUAAUUGGUUUGUUGUUUUCUGUAUACCUACGUACUUACUGCAGGCUGCCAAGGAAAAAAUCAAAAUGCUUGACUACAUAAAUUUAGGAAACAGUUCAUUGGAGAUGGGAUCUUAUGAGGACGCCAUUGAAUAUUAUACAAAAUAUUUAUUGCUGUGCCCCCAAUCCGAUCGCCUAUUGAGUGCUCAUGUAUUUCAUAGUCGAGCUACGGCAUACUACAACAUGGUGAACAUUUAUUUAUAAAACUACAUUUAUAGAUUAAUAUAAAUGGGCACAUAAUACGUCCUAAGUGAUAGGAGCAAGAAAAGGCCCUACACCUUAGCUUUCAGAAAUACCUAACAGAUUGAAAAUGUUUAUACAAAUAUAUCUCACCUCCCCCAUAGAUAAAAUGUUUUGGACUUAUAUGCGAAUGGAGAUUUUAACAUUUUUCCAACAUUAUUAUAAAUAAUAACUUAUACUUAUUUUUCUUUUUAGAAUUUGUUAAAGGAAUGUUUGGCAGAUUGUGACAAAGUACUGGAAUUUUUACCAACAAAUAAAGACACUUUAUUUCUCAGAGCAAGGGUAUUAAUGGGCAUGAAAAAUUUGAAACUCGCUGCAGAAGAUGCUACAGUAUUUUUACUGACAAAAGAUAAUAUGCUCCAUUCUAACGAAGAUAUUACAUAUGCAUUUUUUGUAAUAACUGCUUUUGGUAAGAUAUUUCAAUAUCAUAGUAUGAAACAUUAAUGAAACCAUUUUUUUUUUUUUUUUCAUAAUGAUUGGAUUGGUAAAAUAUUUUAAUUUUAACUUUAUAUGAUAACUGUUUUACAACUAACUAAUUAGGAAAUUACUUACAUAUCACAAAUUAAGACAUACUUAAACUAAAUAUAUCUUAUUCCUGUUACACAUUAUAUUUAAUUUGUUAUUUUCUUCUAAGUAGUUAUUUUCAUACUCUUUAGGAAAUUAAAUUAAUCUUAAAAUAUUUUAAUUAGUUCAGUAGGUAUCUAUUUUAUUUAUGUAAAACAAUUUUCGUAAUUCAAUACACUCCAUGUAGUGGUACAUAAGAGUAUUCAUUUUGUUAUGUGAUGAAAUUCACGUACAUAUGUAUGUAUACCAAAGUGGUAACUUGGGAUCUAGAGGUCUUGUACUCUGUACCCUCCCUCCUCUUAAAUCAUAAAUUAAAAAUAGAAAAAAGUUAACAAUAUAGUAACAUAAUUUAACAAGCAAAACAAAUUAUACAUUAAUAUGCACUAAAUUAGUAUAUAUAUAAUAUGUGUUAAGUAUUAGAUCACUAAGUAAGCAUAUGACUAAAAAAAUAAUACAAUUUUAUUUACAAUACCAAAUGUAUAUUAUUUAUUUAUAUUUUUUUCAGCAAAUCUAUAUAUUUAUAACAUCAACUAAUAUAAUUAUUGAUUUAUGCAUGUUUAGAAGUGCAAAGAAUGAUAGGUGUAUCCUGCCUUCAUUCAAAAUCUUUAUCAAUGUUUUAUUCUAAAUAAUAAAAUCUGCAAAUUUAAAAUAUUUACAUUAAUUAAGGACAAAUGAUAAUAUUGGUAUAAAAUAUAUAAAUAAUAUGCAAUGAAUUUGAUAUGAAGAUUUGAAAAAAACAAUUAUGAAAGUCAAAAUUACAUAAAAAAAAACGUGAAUAGUUAAAGUUCCAGAAAUUUACUCGUCUAUAAUUAAAUUUAAAUUAAAAAAAAAACAUUAAAAUGCAACAUGUUGGAAAUAUAGUGAACUAACAUACUCAAUUUUAUUGAAUAGACAAAUCAUAUGUUUAAAUUAUCACAAUCACUUGUUCACUUCAUGUUAUUAAAAUUACUUAUUAAAUUUACAACUCUAGUAAUAAUCAAAGUAAAAAAGAUGAGAUAACUAAGAUAAAAUAAUUAAAUAAUUAUUAAUCUUUUUAUCUAAUAUAUUUAUUUGUAUUAAUAGUUUAUUUUUAUAUAUGUAUACAGAAAAAAAGGAGAUUACUGUCAUCACCUUUUCCAUCAAAUACUCAUAAAUAUCUCUUUAUUCAAAGUAGUUAAGCAGCCACAAAUAUUUUAAUUUUUUUUUUUUAAAAAAAUUGAAUUAGUUGAUUUGUUGUAACUUUUUAAAGAUUUUUUUUGUCAACUGAAUUUUUGCAUUCAAACUCUUUAAUUUUAUUGAACAUUAUACCAAUCAUUCAAAUUAUAUUUAUUUAUUUAGUUAGGUAUGCUUAGAUAGUUAAUACAACUAAACAAAUGGAAUUUAAUAAUAAAAGGUACUUUUGUACAUUUAUAAUAAAUAAAAUAAAAAAUUAAUUUUUAAUGUUCAAAUCGUAAUCAGUUCAUAAAAUAUGUUACUACAAAAUCAUAACUAAUUAUUUAUAGAUGAGGAAACAAUUCAGAACUUUCGAGAUACUAAAGAUUCAAAUUUGUUGUUAAUCAAACAAAUCAAAGAAAUUACCAAUUAUAAGGAAUCAUUCAUUGAUGAAACAUUGAACGCUGUUGAUCCAAAAGUAUUAGACAAAGAACUGAUCAAGUGAGUUGUUUUUAAGUUAUCUACCUAUAAUACCCAUCAGUAAUGUCCAAACUAUUUGAUUAAACUAUGAAAGGGUAGAGAUUGAUUAACAUAGCAUAAGUAGUGGUAGUUUGAAAGCACUAUAGUGCUGUAUUUUAAAAAUUAAAUUAAUUCCAUAGAAAUUUAAUUACAUCAUACUCCAAAUUUGAUAUUUUAAGAGAGAAUUUAUAUAAGGUAUUAGUGUAUGUAUACUAUGCAUAUAGGUGAGAAAUAUUAACUAUUAAAUAAAAGAUGGCGUGAGAUUUAUAAAGGUAGUGUGAUAAAAUAUGAAAAAUAUAGUUUGUGUACCACUGCCUUAUAAGUAUCUACUUUAUUUUGUAUAAUAGUACAUAAUAAGACAAUGAAAAUUGAAUGGUAGUUGAGUUUCAAGACUCAAAUCAAAUUUAGUAAACAAAAUAGGUACUAUUAUAAAAAUGUAUUUUCUUGAAUUAAUUUCGUUGCUGUCCUUGAUAGCUAUUAUCUUUACUGUAAGAUUGGUACUUAAUUAUUUAGAAAUAAGAAAAAAAGCAACUAUUUUAAUUAUUUUAUACUAUAUCAAAGCCUAAAUUGCAAUAGUUACCUACUAAACAUUAACCAUUACUGUAUGUGCUUAAAUGUGUUUCAGAACAAAUAUAAUGGCCUCAAUUAAAAUUCUCAGCAAAUUCAUGGAUAAGUAUAAUGCAGAUACCAAACGAUGUGAUCCAUCAGAUAUAAUUAAACUCAUGCAUUUUAUUAAACUUCAAUUAAAAGCUGCAAUACGAUUGAAAUUAAUUCACGAGACCAAUUAA